GCGAUUGGAAACGUUUAAGAAGAAUGCUUUUGAAGACAACAAUAAAGUUAGAGAAUUGACUGAGAAUUUAAAGUUAUAUGAGAAUAGAUUACAUGAAUUACAAGUGGAAAACAAUUCAUUGAAAUCUCAUGACUAUAGAGUUGAUAAUAGUUCACAAAACGAUGAGUUAUUAAAAGUGAAAAACGAGAAAAUCCGAAGCCUUGAGUCAAAUGUGAAGUUAUUGACGAAAAAAUAUAGAGAAAUGACUGAAAGAAAGAAGGAAUUGGAAGUAAAUUUGGCGAAAAUUACUGAAAAUUCCGCAAAUGUCGCCAAAAUUCUAGUCUCAACUCAAACCGACGAGUUUGAGGACAAAAGUGAUAAUUCGGAAGUGAUGGUUGAAAAUGAAAGACUGAACCGAGAAAUCGAUGAAUUGAGAGAAGAUAUCCGAUCCAAGGAUUUAAUAAUUUCUGAAAAUCAAGAAAUAAUACUGAAUUUAGAGCACGAAAGGGGAAAAUUGAAUCUAUCGUCGGAAGUGGGAACAAAUGAGCACAUCUUGGAUUUGAAAGUAAUGAUUGCCUCCAAGUCUGAUGAAGUGAGUGCUUUGACUGAAACCAUAGACCAGAAGAACAAAACAAUAAAAGAAUUAGAACUGAAAUUAAGUAAAAGGAUUAACGACUUGGAGGGCGAUCUCAAGAAGGAAAAGGCUGUCGUUAAAGACUUGAGACAUUCCGUGUUUAGUGAGAAACGUGAAAACAGUUACGUUAAGAAAGAUUUGAAUGAAUUGAAGAAAUGUUUGUCUGAAACGAAUGCAAUGGCAGACAAACGCCAACAAGAAGUGAUUGAUUGUGAGACUGAAAUGAAAAGUAUUAAAGAGAUGGAGAGUAGUGUUCGCAACGAAAUGGAAAGAAUGGGUAAUGAAUUGAAAUCAACAAAAGAGGAGAACUCGAGGCUGAAGAGCAAACUGGAGAGCUCUGCCAAUAGGAACGAACCCCUCUUAGAACAGCUCAAGAAUUUGAGUUUAAAUCUGUUGGAGAAGAACCAAGAGAUCGAAGGAAUGAAAAUACAAUUCAAUUCCAUUAAAGCGAGAUAUGAUACCGAAAUGCAAAGUUUGAGACAACAAAUGGAAAGCUAUAAAAGUGAUGAACAGAUCCUUAACAAUGAAUUGAAUGAAUUGAGAAAAGUUAAGUUCAAUUUUCAGUCGCGUUUCACUGAAUUGAGAGUCGCUCUCAAGAAUAGUUGUGAACAAAACCAGAAACUCAGGCAACAGUUGGCUGCCUGUCAGGUGGUCUACCAGGAGUCCGAUAUCAAUGAGGAACUUGUGGCCAAACUUUUAGACCAAAGCGUUGACACCACUAACGAAACGAAACCUUUAGUGAAUCUUCAGGCUGGAGUGAUGGUUACGGAACAUAUCAGUGAUGUAGUCGUUCACCUCAUCCUCUUCAUCGGAGUCAUCGAAAUGUCUUCGCGACAAAUGCUCUUUGAAUGA